AUGGAGCGGGCCCCGGGACCUCGGGACUGGGCGGCGCGGGAUUACGCUCCUGGCUCCUUGUGCAUCAACACCUCGGCGCCCUUCCAGGUGGACGCCGCCUUCCCCGUCGGCGCCGACGGCGUGCUGAGCUCGAUGGAGGUGACGGUCUCGCAGGGCGGCGGGGCCUGCUCGCUGGAGCUGCGGGUCGGCGCCGCCUACGGUGGCCUGCAGGACCUGUCGGCGGUCCUGGCGGCAGGGGUGACGCCGGUGGUCAGCUACUGGAGCGACACUAACCUGAUGUGGCUGGACGGCAAGGGCAACGACGGCCUCGGCCCCUGCGACUGGGACGACUCCGCGCUGUGCGCGAGCUCGGUCCAGUUCUACGACUUCACCGUGGAGGAGCUCCAGGCCCCGAGCGGGGCAGCGGCCGCCUCCGCGGUCCCCGCCGCCUCGGUGGCCACCGGCGCCGCGGCCGAGCUGGAGCUGGUGUCGUCGCCCCCCUUCGACUGCACCCACGGCUACCAGAAUUGGCAGCAGGGGUGGUCGGACGCCAAGAAGGAGUGGUGUUGCAGAAGCGCUCGGCUCGGCUGCGAAGACGAAGGGGCCGCGCCCGCGGCGGACGAAUGCCCCGGCUCGGUGGAGGUCGCCGGCUACGGGCAGGCUGCCAUGGUGCCCACCGGCUGGGGCUAUCCGGGCGCGGGGUCGAAGCUCGUGGAGGUUCGGAACGGGAUGACUGUCGCCCCACGGAUUGGCAGCCGUCUAUACUUCGCAGACCGUUGCGUGGGCGGCGUGUACAACAAUGACGAGUACCUGGCCGUCAACCUGCUUGACAAGACCCUGCGGUACGUGACUGACUUGUCGGGAGCCGGAUGUGGCUGCAAUGCCGCUCUUUAUUUGACGUCCAUGCGCCAUAAUUCAAACGCCUCGUCUUGUGGGGACACUGUGGCGGACUGCGACGCGUACAGCGCAUGUGGCGUCAGCUGCGCGGAGAUCGACAUCCAAGAGGCCAACCAGUAUUCGUGGCACUCCACUCUGCACGCUUCUGGAGACGCCAGCGGCGUUGGCGGGGGUUACGGCGGCGGCGGUGCUGCGUGGAGUGGUCCUCGAGACUGGGGUGCGGCCGAGUACGCGCCGGGGGCCAAGUGCAUUGACACCACAGCCCCCUUCGAGGUCGCGGCGUCUUUCCCCACGGACGGCUCGGGAAUCUUGCGUGCCGUGGAGGUGGUGCUGUCGCAGGCGGGCCACUCGUGCACGCUGUCCCUCAGCGUUCACGAGUACGGUGGCAUGCCCGAGCUGUCGCGGGCCCUCUCCGCGGGCAUGACGCCGACUAUCAGCUACUGGAGCGAUGACGAUAUGUUGUGGAUGGACGGGAAGGGCGCUGACUCCAAGGGGCCUUGUGCUGCAGACAGCACGGCGAGCUGCGCGGACUCCGUGCAGUUCUACGGCUUCUCCAUCGAGCCCAUGGCAGACAGGACGGGCCCCGAAGUCACCACCAGUCAGCCAGCAGCCGCCACUGCUCCCGCCGACGCCUCCGCUGCAGCUGAGGCGGCCGCCUCGGCCUCCCAGCCGUCCGUACCAGAGGUGGGCGUCGGCAGCCUCCCUUCGCCCGCGGCUGUGCCCGCCACCGCGGGCCCGGCGCCCAGCGCCAGCGGCGCCGAGUUUUCCACCACGUCGCCGCUGUCUCUUCGCCAGACUCUGACCAACGAUCUGGAGCAGCAGACGACCCGUGCCGCCUCCGUCGCCGAGCCUCCAGCGGUGGAGCCCUCGACAACGGCGGAGCGGGCGCUGGUGGUCACAACCGCGUCAGCCACGUCCUCGUCCCCAGCCGCUGCGGAGCUGCACCCUGCCGUCGCCACCACAGCCGAGCCGUCCGGCGAGGAGGAGCGCUCGUCUUCAGGCACUGCAGCGGUGCCGCCAGAGGCCCCGCCGACGCCAGAGUGCCCUGGCACCGUCGAGGUGGUCGGGUACGGCGAGGUGGACCUGGUCCCGACCGGUUGGGGCACGCCAGCGGGGGUCGGCGCCGAGGUCGCCGUGGAGGACGGGAGGCACGUGGUGUCGCACAUGGGCUCCCGGGCGUAUUUCGCCGACACGUGCACUGCGGGUGCUUAUGACCGCCAUCAGUACAUUGCCCCCAACCUCCUUGGAAAGAGGCUGCGCUACACGACGGACGUGUCGGGCGCAGGCUGCGGCUGCAAUGCGGCCUUCUACCUGGUGUCCAUGCGGCAGAACAAGGAGACAUCUGAGUGCGGGGAUUACUACUGCGACGCAAACAGUGUGUGCGGCCAGUCGUGCGCCGAGAUCGACAUCCAGGAGGGCAACAUGCACUCGUGGCACUCGACCCUGCACACGAGGGACGACCCCAGCGGCCUUGGCGGCGGCUACGGCGGCGGCGGCGACGAUUGGAGCGGCCCGCGGGACUGGACGGAUGCGGAAUACGGUCCCGGCGGCAAGUGCAUCGACACCAGGUAUGCGUUCAACGUAUCGGCGUAUUUCUUCGUCGAUUCCACCGGAAUUCUUGCGGCUAUGAACGUGACCCUCUCGCAGGUAGGCAGCCCCUGCAUUGUGUCGACGAACAUUCCGCAGUACGAGGGGAUGUUGGCCUUGACCGACGCGCUGUCGGCAGGGAUGACCCCGGUCCUGAGCUACUGGAGCGCCAACGACAUGCUAUGGAUGGACGGCCGCGGCAAGGACAUGAAGGGCGCCUGCAAGAAGGACGCCGCCGACGCCUGCUCCGAGUCGGUCAAGUUCUACGACUUCUCCAUCCAGUACAUCGACGCGGAGCAGGCGCGCUCGAACGUCGUCCACAAAACCGCCCACAACAACAGAGCGUCGCACCACGACAACCCCCAUCGCAGUGCUGGUCUCGGUACCAGUGACGACGGCGACCAGUACGGCGACGCAGACCCUCCCAGCAGCCUGCCAACGGUGACGCCAGUAUGCCCAGGCAACGUCUCCGUCGACGGCUACGGGGACGUGUCGAUCGCCCCUCCCCUCUCUUAA